GUAAAAACCACUGAGGCAAAGUUACCGUGAAGGGAUGGAAUAAGGCACUAGGACCUAGGAGGCGUCUCAUCCACCCUGGCAGGAAUUUCUUGCUUGGAGCUCAGACAACAAAGGCAGAGUGAGCCUGGUUUUCUUUCUCUCAGCAUCUCCACCCUGCGCGCUGAAAACCGCUUCAGAUCUUUAGGGUUCACUAAACUAUGGAACUUGAUUUUGGACACUUUGACGAAAGAGACAAGGCGUCCAGAAACAUGAGAGGCUCACGUAUGAAUGGGUUGCCCAGUCCCACUCACAGUGCUCACUGUAGCUUCUACAGAACCAGGACCUUACAGGCACUGAGUAACGAGAAGAAAGCCAAGAAGGUACGUUUCUAUCGCAACGGGGACCGCUACUUCAAGGGGAUUGUAUAUGCCGUGUCCUCUGACCGCUUCCGAAGUUUUGAUGCUCUCCUGGCUGACCUGACCCGGUCCCUGUCUGACAACAUUAAUCUGCCUCAGGGAGUCCGUUACAUUUACACCAUCGAUGGAUCACGGAAGAUUGGGAGCAUGGAUGAGCUGGAGGAAGGGGAGAGUUAUGUCUGUUCAUCUGACAACUUCUUCAAGAAGGUGGAAUACACCAAGAAUGUCAAUCCCAACUGGUCUGUCAAUGUGAAGACAUCUGCCAACCAGAAAGCACCUCAGUCUCUGGCCAGCAGCAACAGUGCCCAGGCAAAGGAGAACAAAGAUUUUGUGCGUCCCAAGCUGGUAACCAUCAUCCGCAGUGGGGUGAAGCCCCGGAAGGCAGUACGUGUGCUCUUGAACAAGAAGACUGCUCAUUCGUUUGAGCAAGUUCUCACCGAUAUCACUGAAGCUAUAAAACUGGAGACGGGAGUGGUCAAAAAGCUGUAUACCUUGGAUGGGAAACAGGUGACCUGUCUCCAUGAUUUCUUUGGAGACGAUGAUGUGUUUAUCGCCUGUGGUCCAGAAAAAUUCCGCUACGCACAGGAUGACUUUUCUCUGGAUGAAAGCGAGUGCCGGGUGAUGAAAGGGAGCCCUGCAACUGCCACGGGCAGUAAGUCAUCUCCCACCCCUCAGAAGAGCUCAGCAAAGAGUCCAGCCCCCAUGCGUCGGAGCAAGUCUCCAGCCGAUUCAGGUAACCAUCAAGAUGCAAAUGGAACCUCAAGCAGUCAGUUGUCUACACCCAAAUCAAAGCAGUCACCGAUCUCCACACCUACCAGCCCAGGGAGCCUCCGUAAGCACAAGGUAGACUUGUAUCUGCCUCUGUCUUUGGAUGACUCUGAUUCCCUUGGAGACUCCAUGUAAAGCGACAUGAAGCUAUAUGUCCAUAUUGCAAGCUAUGUUUAAGAUACAGUAGAGUACUUCUGCCAAAAUAAGCAGAUAGGUGACUGGUGCUUUCAAAUCAGACAAAGGACACACAGUUAUAUGUCAUUUUUUUUCUGUGAUUUAUCCUCCGUGCCACAAAUCAAUACCUACCAGUCUAUAGAGAUAGAGGGAUACCAUUCUUCUAAGUUAUAGGGAUGUAAAAUGGACAUUGAGAGAAAUUUGAGGCCAGUAUGCCAAUGAUCCUGUGCAUUUCCCAUUUUCUUCUAUUAUUUCUUCUGCUGCAAUUCUGUAAUUUUCCUAGUGAUAGUAAAGUAGCUCCCCCUGGAAGUGUGCAAAUGGAUCGCUUGCUGACCAAUUUGCAAGCUCAAGUAGAGCAAAUGAUAUUCUCCACCUGUCCAAACUGCCGUUUGCCAGCUCAACUGCUCCUCAUUUGCAGCCCCCAUUUUACCACCUGGUUUUAUUGUUGGAGGGCAGGAAGGGAAAUGACUUACUAGUUUGAUGCUUAAUAUGCCAGCAGAAACUUGGAUGACAUGAGGAAUGAUUGCAUAAGAUGCUAAGUAAGGUUAGUACAAUAGUGAUUCAAAUAUUGGGAUUUCUUAAAUUUUUUUAAAUGAUUAAGCAAAAAAAUGUAAAUCAACGGAAUUAUCUGGAGUGGAACACCUUUCACAUAUGAUCCUAAGAUACUGCUAGCUGGUAACAAAAAUUUUAUACCUACCCUAUGGUAUCUCUCUAUCUCUGUUUGUAACAGUAAUGCCUUGUGAACAGCCAACACUGAAAACACUGUGAAAAAUUGUUUUCAGGUUUGACACCCUAUAGGUCACUUUUUAUAGCAAAAAAUCAAUACACUUUUUAUAAAGGAAAACCUUGUAUCUGUGUUUUGGGAGUGAGGAUUCAAGCUCCUUCUUUUUUAUAAAAGCUGGUGAUUUUCUUUUGUUUAAAAAACACAUUCAGAAAAAUGUACAAAAAACCCCAAUCAACAACUGCAGAACAGUAAGAACAACAACUCAGUUUAGAAAUCUUGUCAUCACUGCCAAAAUAGACACAUGUGGGGAAAAAAAAAGUCAAUUCAAAAUACUGAAUGUUUUGAUAGUUUUUGUAAUGUUUAAGACUACAUAUUUGGUUUUUUACACUUCAGUAUUCCUAACUAUGGCCAGACUCUCUACUUAUAUAACAAAUGGAAUUUUGUGGUGUUCAAAACCCCGUAUUUUAAGAAACUCUUCUGUCUGACAAAAACAAACUUACUGUAUUUAGAGAAAUCUUUUGCUUUUAUUAAUCAGAAAUGACUCCUACAGAAUGCAAAGUUCAUCUACUCACGCAGGGCUGGUGGUUUUUACUACACCGAAGCUUUGUCAUAGGCUAGCUGGCAUUGCCUUCCUUUCUCAUGGAAUAAGCUUUUGAUGAAAUGGAUUAUUAUAGAAUUUUACCUAAAUGAAAUCUGUGCAAUCAAAUCUUUCUUUGUUGCUCUAUUUGCCUUUGUUUCAACAUACACACCUAUUCCCCAUUGCCUUGCAACCCCUUGUGAUUAGAAUGAAUUAUAACGUUGUAAAGUUUGAUGCUACAUGAAUGCUGAGUUGUUCCCAAAGCCACUCCACAUUUUGUUUGCUUGCAUUGCUGGUAUGAAACAAUCUGUGCAGGCUGCAUCUUUAGAGGUUCAUGUGAUGAUACAAAGAGAUUCAUCUAAGAGAGGCCAGGAUUGGGAAUUAUCAAGGGGUUGGAGUUAUUAUACACCCAAUUUGCACCCAGUAGUCUUAGUGUAUGAUCAUUUACACCCAGAGUUUUGUACAAGAAAUCAUUUGUUCCCACAAGUCAUUUAAUUGAGUAACUCUCUGAUGACAUGACCACUAAAUGAUCUUUUCGCCUGUUAUAUAUAGAAUCCUGGUUUCAGUUCAAAGACUAAUGUCUCCUGUUGAAGUUUUGUGGGGAAAAGGAUGAUAGUGUGGACAAAGCAUAGGUGCAGUAGUCAGGACACCUUCAUUCAGCCCUUGGUAUUGCUAAAUUCAGUGUCUGAACGGGAGCAGGUCUCUUGGUAACCCUGUGCCUCAAUCUGUUUAUCUGUCCCUACAGGGACAAUACUGUUCUACCUCACUGGGGGUUGUGAGGCCAAAUGUUGGUUAACAUUUGUAAAGUGCUUUCAGAUCCUCUAACAGAAGGUGCUGAAGUAUUCUCGGUGCAGAUUUGGUUAUGGGUGCUAAUUUUGGGCUGUUUAAUCCUGUGGGUGCUAUUGUAGACACUGGUCAUGAGAAAACAUGACUUUUUAAGCAUAAGGAUGUCAAAGGCCAUGGUUAUGCUAACAAUAUUAUUCAUUACAGCUUUUGUUUUAGUAAAAGCUUUAGUAGGACAGAUAAUUUGACAUGCUUUUAUGCUCUCCUCUGUUCUGUGGUGGAAAUCUGAGUCCCUGCCCAAGUCUCUGCCUUUACAGGGACUAAUAGUCCCUUUACAUGGACUAAUAGUCGUGAUCCUGCCUGUUAGAGAUGGACUUGGACUCCAGUCAAAGGUGUUGUCACUUCAGUGACACAGUCUAUUUCUGUCAUAGUCAGGGUUAGCAUGUCCAGCCACCUUUCCUCCAAGUCUCUGCUAAACCAAGAGACCAGCCAUGAAAUCACAUCUAGGUUCUCCUGCUAUUCACUACAGAGCACUCACCACAGAUCCACCAGGAAAACCUAAAUCUCUGACACGCAUAAACAGACUGAACUGCUAGAGCUGAUGGUGGUAGGAAAGGAGUCCAAGAUGUGCUUUCAUCCAGUAUCUAUGAGUUCAGUUUGUAUAAGAUAAAGCAGGAUCCCAAGGGGUGAAUGAACCCCUUUUGAAGUAGCUGUUGAGAAGUGGUUGCUUUCCUUUCUGCCACAAAUAGUCUUUAGUUAUUUGAAGAUGCUCUUCCUGGUGGAGCAUGCAAAGGAAUCACUGAGGUCUUCUUCCCAAGCUGCACCUAGUGAUGCAUUUAAAACCUGAUCCUACAAAUGCUCCCUUGGAAGUGGAGUUUUGUUUGCAUGAGGAUCAUCCUGGGGUGGGGCUGAGCCCAACAAUUCCUUCAGGGAGUUAGGGGCACCUUGAAAAGGCCUAAAAGAAGAAAAAACUAAUUGUUCAGUGGGAAAAAUAGCCAUUCAAACCAGUAGAAGCCACAAAGAAAACAGGGUAUGAGGUCAAACUCCCAAGUUUCAAAAAAGCAGUUUUCUAGGUAGAAAUGCCUGGGCAGUGGGAGAAGUCAGUGAGCAUUUCAGCUGUAACAUAUAGUUAUGUCUGUAUUAAUGCCAAUAUUGCAUGAGUUCUUGUACAGAAAUGCAUGUGGAAUGUUACCUGCAUUCAAAACUAGUUAUCUUUGGCUUUGUAGGAUCCCUAACAUAGAUUUGAAUACAAAGAGAAACAAUGCACAGGCAUUGUACCUUAGUCAUUUGAUUAUAACGACAGUCCUGAUUCAGGAAACAACUUAAAGACAUGCUUAAAUUUUAGUGCAUGCUUUGCUCCUGUUGAUUUUCAUGAGAUUUAAGCUGCAUUUGGUCAGAAAGCUUUCCUGAACCGGAAUUAAUUAGUAAUUAAUUUCAAUAUACUAUAAUAAUUCCAUACCCUAUGAGAUCCUGGAGGAGAUGAUAGUAAUUCUAUACUCCAGAGUUUACCUUUUAUGUUUUUUCUACUUUUACAAGCGCAUAAAACUCCACAGGAUAUGAGGAUUUGCCAUAUUAAUUCUGCUAUAAAAACCCCAUCUAAUUUGCCUCAUGAGGCUGCCUUUAGUGUUUUCAGAGACUAAUUGAGUCACUAAGAUUGUAUUGUUUUAAAACAAUACAGUAUUUAAAAACUAAAUGGAGAGACAAAGUAGCAGAGAUUUGUUUCUUUGAAAUCUGCCUUUAUUCAGUAUCCAGCAUAUUUUAGCAAAUUUGCAUCUACAGUAAAAAUACCUGUUUCAAAGACAUAAUCAUUAAGAAGAAAUUGGAGCAAUCCUCCAAGCAUAGACUAAUGUAUUUGUACAUUUCAGUGAUGGUCUUGACUGUAGAAGAUCAGGUCAAUGCAGCAAAAACUUCAGCCUCAGGAUUUUUGUCACCUGUAAAGCAUUUAUAAUCCUGAAGUUUCUGGGUUAAAGCCUCAUCUGUUUUAAGAUUUGGAGCUAGUUCAAUACCACCAGCUAAACAGCCAACCAAGACUCUACACCUUGAAGUAAUUUUGAAAGAGAAUGGUAAUCAGAUUUUUAUCUUGGUCCACUCUGCAGUGGGAGAUGGAAAUAGCUUUUGCCUACCAUUGUCUGUGUUUCCUGUAUCUGCACAUUAUUUACAAUCUUCUCAGGAGCUAAAAAUACUAAUUGUGUUAUUUUCAUAGAUAACAGAAAAAUAAUUCUGCUUAGAAAACAACUUCCACGUCUCUUUUUCACAUUUAGCUAACACACACAUAUGCAUGCAAAAAAAGUUGCACACACAGUCUAGCUGUUAUUUCUCUCUCAUAUGUUUGAACAGUACUUUUGAAGGGAAAAAGGGAGGUAGGACCAAAAAUUGUGGCAAACAGCAAACCAAUGUUUUUAAUAGGAAAUAAUGGCAUGAAAGUGUUAAGUUUCUCCUUGCCCAUAUGGAUCCUGAUGACAUCUUUUAGGAUGCCUUGUGUUUGUUUUUUCUUACCUUUGAGGUCAGUGCUGGUCUCCUUGCUACUUCUCAGAACACUUUGUGAAACUGCUCUGUAGUGCCAUACUGAAUCCCUAUGCAGACGCUGUUCCAGCGACAGCCAUCCCUGGAAGUUGCAUCUUCUCUGCAAGGGCACAGGAUGGACUUUACAGUAUGAAGCUUCUUUAUUGCAGUAAGGGCACGUGUGUCUUUUGUCAUUGACUUCAGUGGUACUCCACAUCCAUUCAAGGCAAUUGGAGAGUUGUCUUUUACUAUAGUAGAAGGAGAAUCAUUUUUAGAGAAAGGAAGAAAAAAUAGCCAAGUAAAGUAGAUAUAAAUUAAACCAGAAAGUGUGUCCUCAAGCUAAGACAAUCCACAACCAGGGAAAAGCUAUAUAGAGGUGCGUUUAACACAUAUGAGGUGCUGAUUGUGACCAAGACAGAACAAAACAGCUUCUUUUUAUAAGUGGUCAUUUAGGCUCAAAGUUAUUUUUCUGGUUGCUGAUGGAAGCAGGGUGGAACAGUAUUUGGGACUGGUGAGGUUCUUUGUAGAAGCAAAUGGAUGACACAAGAUGAAGAUCUUUUUCUGUCUAUCUAGACAAAGAGUGAGGUCAGACCAUGGGAUAGGAUUAGUGCUUCACACAAGACACCUAGAAGGGAUCCAGCUGAAACACCACCUUAGUGUAAUGAGACCAAGAAGGUUAAGACUUUAAGUGCCUUCCAACAUGUUUUGGGCUUCAGAACUAGGACUACACAUGUGCCCAGCAAGGUCUAGGUAAAAAUGGCCUUGACAAAAGGAGACAGGACAGACUUUGAUUGUUCAAAUAUUUAGCUCAUCUCACAUUUAUUCAACCAGCCCUUGAAAAUUAUUGUCUUCAGAAUCACAGAUUUCUUCUGGCUGAUGCUUCUAUCCCAUCUGUAUGAAUUUGAGCAGGCCUCUCCAUGGGAUCUCAGGAAAUGUUAAAGCUGAGCCUUGUGUCUCCCAGUGCAGCCACUUCUCACUGACUGUGGAGUGAACCAGGCUGGGUUCUGCUGCACUGGUUAUUGAUUCUGUUAUUCAGAGACUCUUCAUGCUCCUUUGCUCCUGGCUUGAGAUCUGGUGCCUCUCAUUCUGGGUGUCUCCAGGUGAAAGGAUGGGGCCAGCAAUGUGUAUAGACCUCUUGUUUUGUUUUGUUUUGUUUCAUCUGGAACAGAUCUAGUCAUUUGAUGUUUGUCUGAAAGUCUAGGGCCAAGCUGACAAAAAAUCAUGUUUUUAUAGAGAGAGGGGAGGUGGUCAGAGAUGGUAAGUGGGUCGAUGGAAAGGCUUUUUUUCAGCAAUGCCACUGGAUAGCUGCUCUGACAGGGUAGGGUACAAAUACUAUGUCUGUAGGUGAAAAUGCAAAGCUUGGGGGACACAGAUCACUAUCUGUCCCUCAGGACACUGUUUAGGGAAGAUUAAAAACGCUGACACCUAUUUUCAGCCAAUAGAUGAGCUUCUGAGCAAAUAAGAACCAAACCUAAUGGAUUCAGCAAUAGGAUUUCAGAGCCAUUGAGAUUUCAGAGCUAUUGGUCUUUGGCAUAACUGUGGACGGAUCAGGUCUCCUUGUGUCAUGGUGUCCCAAUGCAUAAAGAGCUGAUCACAAUACCUACUUCCAUCUGUAAGGUGCUUUGAGAUAGGCUGAUACAAAGAGCUAUGGGAGAACUUGCUCUUGAGAUUUAUUCAUUACUUAGCAAAGUCUAAAAACCUUAUAGAAACAAACUAUGGUCCAUUGUCUUUGGCAAGUAUUUUUAGCAACUCUGGCUCUCUCAAAACGAUGCUGUAGAAAUGCUUCAUUAUUUUACUAAUGGUGAAAGACAAUACACAUCAUUUUCAGUUCCCCCAAAACCCCUGGAGGAGCUAGCAAUAACUCUGAGAGCAAAGCCAUAUACACAUUCAGCAACCCAAAUCUCUUAUCUGGAGUUGCCUGAAUACAGAUCCCUGCUGCCCCUCUUUUUGUUAUAUGUAUGCAUAAAUACCAGGGGCAAUUCAUGUUACCAUUCAAAAUGUGGGCCUUGUAUUUGUAAACGAUGAAUAAGUUUAAUGAUUUCAGUGGCCUUCUACCAAGAAAACAGUGGUCCUGUUGUUGAAAGCUGUCUUGUUUAGAAAGUGUUCAUAGCCAGAUGGCUUCAUGGGAAAGAGUUGCCUUUCAGUUUCAUUGCUUAAUGCACUUAGCUGAACUAACUUAUUCUGGCUCUUGCUCUAUAUCUCAGUGAACUGUAACUCAGGACUCUCAAGCCAGUUUAGAGCUUCCUUAGGUCUGACAGUUUAUCACUCAAACAACUGAAGAAGGAGGAUGCCCAAAGGGAAUUAACAAGUCUUUGCAGUAAUUAGAGUCUGUCAGCUGAAAAAAGAAAGUUGGCAUCAUUAGAGAAAGAUGCCCUGAUGGCCAGUGUCAUGGGUAACAAAGGAAAAAGACUUCUUUCUAAGAAGAAUGGUAGGGGGUAUUUGUUAGGAGAUAUUUACUGAGUGAUGAAAUGAGCAUGAACUUCACAGAAAAUCAAAUGGGAGGCAGAGCACUGGAAAUGUCAGUGCCAUUGAUGUGUGGGAAUAAUAAAAGACAAAAGCCAAGAACUUCAAAAAAACAAAAAAAAGGGGAUGCUGGGGCUAGCUGAGGAUCUACAUCUUGGCUCUGGGCAGAAAAGCAGCAGGGGUUCCUGGCUGCAUGUUGAGAGUUAUUGCCCCUGCAGGUAUGCAAGCCAGGAUUCAGGCUAUCUGCCACAACAGUGUGUGUCCCAAUCCCGGUGGAAGAAAUAAGGUCACACUUGGCCGCAGGCAGGAGAACUUGGUUUGAAGUUCCUUCCCUGUUCCUGCUUUAGUCUUCUGCCAGCAUGUGUCAUCCCUAAAAGGGGGAAGAUCCAGCCCCUUGCUGAAUGACAGCACCAACCUGUCGCUUGGUUUUAUUUUUAUUCCUCCCCAUCAGAUUAAAAAUAGAAAUUCAUCAGCAUGCCCUGGCUUGGAGAAGGACAGGCCUGGCACACUGGGGAAUUGCAAGACAUGUGAAAGAGAAUAAUGAGGGCACCUCUGAACCUCCCAUCCCUUCCCAGGGAGCUCAGCAAACUCUGGAAAAAGUAGCCACCCACUUGCACCAGGGUGAAAAUCCGAGACAGGCUCCUGGAGGACGUUACCUUGAUUUGCUGUGCAGGCAGGGGUGCUGAUGAUAAUCUUGUUCAUGAAAUGCCUAGCCAUGUGGGUAAGAGUUGCUGCAUAAUCACUGGGAAGUCCAUGCUGAACAAGGAGGUCUGUGUUUAACACUGGUUUUCUCAUGAGAUCUUUUUUAUAAAUUCAGUUGAGUUACAGUGCUUGGGAAUUUAAACCUAAAAGGCAAAACAGAUGACUUAUCUGAACAUAUUUUUUUGCUGGUUAGCAUCAGAUUUUUUUUUUAACUUUUGCUUAAAGAUUGCACCUCUUUGUGUCUGUAGAUGCUCAGAUGCUCAAUAUAACACAAGUGAAACCCAAUACACCUAAUUAUCUGCUGCUUUAAACAGGCAAAGGCUCCUCUGUAAUUAAGGGAGCUGAAUCCAUUUGGUCCAAGGUUGGUCUCCAAUUUCAAAGAUUGAUUACUGUCAAUAAUUCUUGAGUGAUUGAUUACUUAAGUGCAGAUUCAGUUUCCUGGGUGACAGCUGCAGACUUUGCAGAGAAAACCUCAUUGACCCCAGCUAUAAAGUGAUCUCUUGUAUGAACCUCUAAUAGCAAGUUAUAUAUGGGAGAUAUUUGUAUAGUUUUAUUAUAGUUAAUGAUAAAGUUGAAAUAGUUUUCUUUGUUGAAAUAACUUUAAACAUUUAGAAUUGAAAAUUAAAAAGGAACCUUAGCAAAUCGGGGUGUCCUCUGCAUUUUCUGGUUCUUAAGAGUGUUGGCUUUAUCUCACUUUACUCUCACUUCAGUCUACCAAUAGAAAUGCCCUGAGCCCAGCAGGUUUAUAGAACUAGAAAGAGCAUUUCUAUUUCUUCCAGUAUUUUUCUACUCUAGUCCCAGCUAUAACCAAGCAGAGUAGAGAUUUAUGGUUGGCUUGGUUUCUAGAGAAAAAUAUUAACAAAUGUCUCUGAACAUAAAAAGGAAGGUUCAGUUCAUUUCAGGUGACUCAUCUAAACUCAAGGCUGCUUUUGAUUUUUAUACAAGCUGGUUCUUCCAUCUCUAUUUACAACAGUUAUAUCUAGGAAAUCAAGAUUCAUUUGAGUCACAUUUGAACAGCAGGGUUGUUGCAGGGCCAAGUGAUUCACCUGACAUGUCCAGUCAGAAUGAAACAUGUUGGUGGCACUUGGUCAGGGUGGACCUGAACCAAGCCCUGGUUCUAAACCCCUGAGUUUCUGAGAAACUCAUGUGCAGAAUCAAACUUAGGAAAUGUCUAUAAUGGACCAAAUGGACCCUAAGUUGGGGACCAGGCCCAGUGCUUGAAAUGAAGAAUUUUACCUUCAGAGAACCCCUGUGAAAUAUUUAGUGGGUUUUUUUUUGUUGUUUGGUUUUUGGGUUUGUGGGUUUUUGUUGUUUGGUAUGUUUUUUUUAUUCCAGCAUGUCUGCUUUUCUUCGUCCACUUCCAAGCAUUGCAUAGCAGAUAUGGAUGAGUUUUUAAUUCACUUCCCUUUGCAGGUGGCAGUUGAAAUGCAGUGAUAUUCUGUCUCCCUCUCAUGCUGACCACAUAGUCACCAAGGGGUUGCAGAACACACAACUUUUUUUUCCAUUUUUUUUCCCUCUUUACAACAGAAGAGCUUCUUCCAGAUUUAGUGUGAUGUCUAAUGAUGUGUCUCCUUAAGAAGAAGAAUGUCUAGGGAAUUAAUUGCACUGCUAAUUGGUGUUUAUAAUAGAUAAGGUGAAGCAGAAGUAUUGAAUGUAAGAACAAGAAAGCCUGUGAGUUGUAAUUACAUGUUGAAUUCUGACAUAUGAAAUUGUUGUUAGUUUGCUUCUUAUUUAAAUGAUGUGUGAUCCAAGCAGCUUUACCACCAUGGCAGUACUAGUACAGCUGCUAUUAUCAAUUUAGAAGACACCCAGGGUCUUUUAGAAAGAGGAAACCUGUCUAGCCAAAUCUCCUUCUAUUCUCUGAAAUGAUGACACAUUCCCUUCCAUGUUACUCUGUAUUUUAUGACACUGUCUAAUCUAGAAGCACAGGAAAGGAGUAUCAGCUUGCUGAUUUUGCUGUUACUAGCCUUUGCCUAUUUUCUUAAUCACAAAUAUAAUCACAAGCUAGGGUUAGCGACUCUCAUUGCAUAAGCCUGAGUUCUUCACACCACUCUUCUCUGAAGAGCACGAACUGCCUUCGCUCACGGCCCUGCGCUCUGCGGCUCUCUCUGAGCUGCAAAUCUGCUGACAAGUUGUGUUGAGGGAGGGAGAUAUGCAGCUGAACUGGAACCUGAUCAUGGAUUACUGUCUUAGGUCAUUCAUUGAGUUUGCAUGAUUUCAUCAUUAAUAACAAAGCUGCAAUAUAAUAUAACCGAGAGGCCACAAUGUAUUUUCUAUUGUGAUUCAGUGGGUGGGGGUUGGAAGGGCAGCCAGGUUUAAAGUUUAGCUGGUAUACUUUAAACUCUGUGUACAUAACCUUGGAGGACACGUGGGUGGUGAGGGUUCAGUUGUUAUUUUGUUGGGAUUGAUAAAUUUCAGUUUGUCUUUGUUUAAAUAAUAAGGUAUUUAAUUAAUUACAUUGUACAAAGAGCUAUUAAUUUAAAUGGUACUUUUGUUCUCCUAAAACAGAUCUAUCUAACCUUUCUUUUUGGCAAGCCUGCAGCAAUGCUAACCAUGUUGACUUGUACCUUGGGGGAGUGCAUGGAAGGGGAGGGGAAAUGCUUUUCUCUUCAGACAAAUAAUGUUGCCCAUAAUUAACUUUCUGCUUGGAUAUAUACCUUGAAUUCCCUUUACACUGAAUUUUUUUGUGAAGUUCUUUUAAAGGGACAAAACAAGCAGAGGUUAUUCCAAAAGAUCUCAACUGUAUCAUCUUGUAAUAUAUUGCAGCUUUAUGCCAAUGAUUCCUUGCUUACCUGUACACAGUCCAUGCAUGUUUUGAACUAAUUUUGCAUUCUCAUUUGUGGUGAGUUAUUUAGCAUCUUAACCACCUUUUGUGCCAUUCAACUUGUACAGAAAACAUUUUUAUUGACCUUUUAAAGGGAGGGGGAAUAAAAGAAAAAAAACCCUUCUGCUCCCUAGAUGUAGGUAGAACUCAGUUACUUAGCAAACAGAUGUAGAUGAGUGGUUGUAGUGUUAGAAAUGUUAGCUUGCUCGUGAACAAGCUUUUGAGAGUAAAUGCAUGGUCCUGUACCUCUUUUCUUAAUUAGCUCUUCCUUUCCUCCUGGAAAGAUUCUCUCCCUCUCUGUCUUUGUCUCUCUCGUGGUUGUAAAGUACAGAUUUGGGCAUAAAUAAAAUGAUAUACAAUGAGGUUUGAAAAGCAGUUCUCAACAGGUUCUCUUGGGGAACUUAUUUCUCACAGUGCCCUGCCUUGGCACUUUGAUUAGACUCUAACUUUCAAGGUAAAACAGAUGGAGAUCAGUCACCUGUUGCCUCUGCUUGAACUGGGGAACAAGUUAAAUCUUUGGAAGUUUGCGUCACUGCUAAACAUGCGAUCUUGCUGAUGAUCCAUUGCAGCUGAGGCAUAUGGCACGUGGUGUAUUGGCCGUGGCUUUCACACCUGGUUGUUCUACAUGGGACUAGUCCCACGGCCCCUGAUUUGCGGAGUUUGCACACACUUUUUGAUUUUCCUGGAUACACAGCGGAAGGGGGUGGGGGAUGGUCUAUAGGAAUUAUGUUGUUAGAGGUUCUGUAGACAGCUCUUUCUCCACACUCCCAAGCCCUGAGUUGAGUAUGCAGGGCUUAUUGUGUAAUAGCUGUGGUUCUGUUGGCAAUGGAGGACACAAAAUAUUCAAAGUCUUAAAAAAGAGGGGGUCACUCACAAAGAUGGAUUUUGUAAGAAACGGACUUUAAAAAAAAACCACAAAGCCCUGCCACAAAACCACAAAAUGUACCUAGUUCCACACAUCUGUCCCCCAUGCCUCUUCUCCCUUAACAGAAUUUCCUUUUGUUAGAAGAUUUGACUUUCUAGAAAAAAUUCCAUUUUUGUGAGGUGUUGUGAACUGUUUUUACUACUUGUAAUAACCAUCCCAGGUCUGAGUAUUCUUGUGAUGCAAUGCCAUGCAGCAGAGAACCUGUCCACUUUAUAGCUUUGCUCUCAAUAUUUGUUACUCAUUGUUUUCUCAUCUAAAUGUACAUUUGCAAGAUGUGUGUAAUGUCAUUUUCAAAAAAUAAAAUUUGGUUUCAAUAUUUAGGCCGAUAAAAAA